UACACUUACAGGAGAACAAGAAAAUGUAUAAUCAAGGACCAUCAGUCGGAAGAAUAAACCCUACAUUCACUGACCCUCGGGAUGAACAGGAUCAUCUGGAGAAGUCAAGGAUGGGUCAGUCUGUGCCACCUCCGUACUAUCCCAAUGCAGGAUACCAGAUUCCAAGAGUCAAUCCCAUUCCUUCUGGAUAUCCAAACCAACCGUACGGAGCUCCAGGAGCCCCUCAGGGCCAGUAUGUCCAUCAGUCAUAUCCAGGGAUGGCUGCGUAUCCCCAAGCAGCAUAUGAUGGUCAAAAUGGGGUCACAGUUCAGCCCACUAUGUUCAUGACCCCCACACCACCAGCCACUCCAAUGCCAGAUUACUUGGGCUACUCCAUCUUUACCUUGCUGUGCUGCUGUUUACCUCUGGGCAUCGCCGCUACAGUCUGCUCCUGCAAUACUCGAGAUGCUAAUGCAUCUGGACACCGAGAAUCAGCAAUGAGGAGCUCCAGAUCGGCACUGAUCCUGAACAAUAUCGCUAUCAUCAUCGGCUUCGGGCUCAUCAUGACAGGCACCAUCCUCUUACUUUAUAAGAAUGGUGUAAUUUGAUGAACAUACAUGUUGUAUUCUGCUUCAAAUAAAUCUACUCUUAUUGUAACUCAUCAAUGACUUUGUGGAAAAAUUACAAUUAGCCUACAUUAAAAAAAAAUUAUGUUUUAUUCAUUGCUGUAGUUAAUGCUGUAUGAUUAACUGUAUAUUAUAUGUGCAAUUUACAUCUACAGUAGCAGAUAUGAAAUUAAAGUAUGUUUCUUUAUACCAAUAUUUUAAAUAAGACUUCAAAAUAAGGCAUUUGAAUAAAAUUACAGCAUGUCUUUCUUUUACCGUAAGAAGCAGAGCCUAUAAUGUUAUUUCAGUAAAAGAAACAGCUGAUUAUUUUAUGGUUGCAAAUGAAUGCGAAUUAAUGUGCAGCACAUAUAUGACUGAUUUGAUGACAGUCUUAUCUAAUCUUAUUUUAUUUUACUGCACUCCUAAAAGCCAAACCAACGCAACAUUUAUUUAUUUAUUUAUUUGAUUGUGGGUUGAAAUAAAAUUUAUAACCAAGGAGACUUUUCGACCUU